AUCACCUAGUUUUGCCUUCACGAACUAACAAACCUUAAGAAUAGGAGAAUAAUAAUGUCUUGGUUCCUUGUAAUUCUGUUCCUCACUCUCACAUUUGGCACUCUCUCUUCACAGAGUACUCAUGAUGAAAAGAGGCUUCCUUCUUCUUCUGCUCCUGCUGUUGUUGCUGUUGGAACUGUUUUUUGUGACAAAUGUCUUCAACAUAGUUUCUCCUUUGGAAGCCAUUUCAUUUCAGGUGCAUCAGUUGGUGUGGAAUGCAAAGAUGGAAGCAAAUCAAAGAAACCAAGAUUCAAGAAAGAGGUGAAGACAAACAAGGAUGGGGAGUUCAAAGUGGAGCUACCUUUCAAAGUGAGUAAACAUGUGAAGAGAAUCAAAGGAUGCACCUUUGAAUUGAUUAGUAGCAAUAACCCUAAUUGUGCCAUGGCCUCAAUUUCCACCACUUCUUCAAUAACCCUCAAAUCAAGAAACCAAAAAGAACACAUCUUUACAGCUGGGUUUUUCUCAUUCAAGCCCACAAAAAAGCCCAAACUUUGCAAUCAAAGCCCAACAACAGCAACAGUUCAAGAAUCUAAAGAUUCUGUUUAUGUGGAAAAAAGAUUCCCUCCAAGUAUAGACCCAUCAUUCCCACCACCACUUCAAGAUCCACCAUCACCACCUACACUUCUUCCUCCUCUUUUGCCAUUACUCCCUCCAAUUAUUCCACCAUUAACACCUCCAAUUAAAGAGGAUAAAAGGGUUAAACCAUCUCAAGUCUCUCUUUUUCCACCUCUUAUACCACCAUUGGUACCAAACCCAUUUCAACCACCACCGUUGAUUCCAAACCCAUUUCAACCACCACCUCUAAUUCCAAACCCAUUUCAGCCACCAAGCCCACCACUCAUACCAAACCCAUUUCAACCACCACCAAGCCCAACACCACUUAUACCUAACCCAUUUCAGCCACCCCCAAGCCCAAGACCACUAAUACCUAACCCAUUUCAGCCACCUCCAAGCCCACCACCGUUUCUCCCUAACCCAUUUCAGCCACCACCAAGCCCACCAUCACCACUAUUUCCAAACCCAUUUCAGCCCACACCAUCACCACCAAAGCCACCAUCACCUUUGUUUCCUUUUCCACCUAUUCCCGGUUUGACUCCGUCGCCGCCGCCGCCGUCUCCGCCCCCACCAACUUUUCCAUUUCCUUUCCCUCCAUUGUUCCCACCACCUCAUACCCCUGGCUCACCCCCUGUGAGGAAUCUCUCCCCUUGAUUACAUGAAACCAUGAUUUUAAAUUGCGGCGAUUUGGCCACAAUUUAAAACCAUUAUUUGAGUAUAUGAAUGCACAAUUAUCCAAUAUAUGGUUUCUUCCAACCUUUUACUUUCUUUUUUUGAAUCAUGUAGUAAUACUGUAUAAUUAUUAGCUAAAUAUGAGGAUUAUGUACUUGAGAAAAAAAGUUGAUAUGAUAAUUAAUGACACAUCAUUGUUA